CUAACUUUCCCGGAGAAGGAUGGCCUCCAAUUUCAACGACAUCGUGAAGCAGGGCUAUGUGCGCAUCCGGAGCAGGCGGCUGGGGGAAUUAGGAUUCAGACUCUUCAUGCUACCUGGCUAAUUUUGUGUGAUCAACUCCCCUCUGGAAGGAUCUUUUAUUCAGAACUCAGUCUUCUGGAUGCUGCCUGAUAGAAUUGAUCCAAGACGCUCAGAUGGUUUUUCCAUUUGCGGAUGGAGGUGCUUCAGUGGAUUUACCAGAGAUGCUGGUUAGUAUUCAAAAAAGCUUCAAGCAAAGGGCCAAAGAGGCUGGAGAAAUUCUCAGAUGAACGAGCUGCUUACUUCAGAUGCUAUCACAAGGUCACAGAGCUCAAUAACGUGAAGAAUAUAUCACGGAUGCCAAAAAGCACAAAGAAGCAUGCUGUUGGGAUCUACUUUAAUGAUGACACCUCUAAAACUUUUGCUUGUGAGUCAGAACUUGAGGCAGAUGAGUGGUGCAAGGUAUUGCAGAUGGAGUGUCUUGGGACAAGAAUUAAUGACAUUAGCCUUGGAGAGCCUGACUUGUUGGCAUCAGGAGUGGAGAGGGAGCAGAAUGAGAGAUUCAAUGUGUAUUUGAUGCCAUCCCCUAACUUAGAUGUGCAUGGGGAAUGUACCUUGCAGAUAACAUUUGAGAAUAUCUGUCUUUGGGACAUCCAGAAUCCCAGAGUCAAACUCGUCUCUUGGCCAUUAAGUGCCCUCCGACGCUACGGACGGGACCCUUCUUGGUUCACCUUUGAAGCAGGGAGGAUGUGCGACACAGGAGAAGGACUGUUCAUCUUUCAGACACGAGAUGGGGAAGCAAUCUAUCAGAAGGUUCACUCGGCUGCUCUGGCCAUAGCAGAACAACACGAGCGCCUGCUGCAGAGCGUGAAAAAUUCAGUGCUACUUGAGUUAGACCUCCCUGCAGAGGCAGCAGUGCUGGCGCAGGAGCAGGGCAGCACGAAGCUUCAGAUGAAGAUGAGUGAGCGAGCCGUGUCCCUCAGCACCAUGGUGCCCCUGCCCCGCAGUGCCUACUGGCAGCACAUCACACGGCAGCACAGCACCGGCCAGCUCUACGGCCUGCAAGGAACAGCUCGUCGUUUUGUCCCGUUCCUUUUUUCGAACGCUAGAGGGGGCAUGCAGCGCGUGGAAAGCCCCAGCGAAGCCUCUGCCGUGUUUCGGACGGAGGGAAGAAUAACGCAAUAGAAGCAGCACGCGAACGCCUGUUGGCGCUGGUUCGUACCGGGAUGCGGGCAGGCGAUGCUGUGACACGCGGGAGCGGCGCUGAGCCCGUCAGGCACUGCUAUGGCUGUGCCUCGGUGUAUUUUUAGUUAUUAGUGCAGUCAUUCAGCACUGUGUUGACUCAGUGUAAACAGACUGUAUGGGGACAGACCACUCGUUUUGUAUUUAGAACAGCUUGUUAAACUGGAAAGGGGAUCCUUGGAGGUUGUGGUCAUGAGAAAGCAGUAGAAGUCUUUGAAAAGUCCUGGUCUUUGAGAAGGGAAAAAUAAAGCCGUGCAGGCAGUGCUGUAAUCAGGAUAGAUGGUGAAGUCGUCUCUUUCGGCUGUCGGGGACUGUCCCAGUGCCACCCUGAGCAUCUCCAGUUAAAGCACAUUGCCCAAAGCUUCAAAUGCUUCAAUUCAUAUUGAAAAUCUGAGUGGAGCUGUUUCUGAGAUGAAGCAGCAGGUUAAUUAUACCUCUCCCUACUUUAAGGACGUAAGCUGUAGUUCACAUAGUGAUCUACAGGGCGCUGAGUACAGUCGCUGUGCCUCACUGAGCACUGUUCUGUUUUUCAUCCUGGCACA